CUAAUAUCAGCCGUUGAUCUCGACGGACAGCCGUCUUAUAUACCCAAAAAACCCUAGCCCAAAAGUUGCUACCAAAACACUAAGGUCUAAUCUCUCUCGCUCGACAAGUGUUCGCCGGCGGUUCCAUCACAGCAAGAAGCUCUAAAACUAAUUCAUGGGUAAGGUUCACGGAUCGCUGGCACGUGCCGGAAAGGUGCGGGGUCAGACUCCAAAGGUGGCCAAGCAGGACAAGAAGAAGAAGCCGCGAGGCCGCGCCCACAAGCGUAUGCAGUACAAUCGCCGCUUCGUCACCGCCGUAGUUGGAUUUGGGAAGAAGCGUGGACCCAAUUCUUCAGAGAAGUGAGCAGCUUGCUCUUUGAGGAGUUUGGUUAUGGAGAGGCAGUGGUUGAUCACGAAGCACUAGUUUCGUAGUUUUAUAUUUUAUUUAUAGCUUAACUACAAUUCAGUUUAUUUGUUUAUACUUAAAACCUGAAUUUGUUUUGUUCAAGACACUUCUCAGGGGGUUAAAAUUUGCAAAUGCAUGGGCUGUGCCCAUUUUGAGAUUUCUAUGAGCAUAGAUUAUGUUGGCUUC